AAAACGAACCGGAAGCGGAAUCUCCGGUUAGUCUCGCUACAACGGUGGCGCUCAGUGUUCUCCAGAAGAAUUAUCACAUCUCACUUACGCUUAUGUGCUGCUUGAUUAUGAGCAACGUGCAGAAGUGGCUGCACAAACAUGAUUCCGCCGCCAGCUCGUCCACGCAUGAAUUAAUCCGGCACCUCCCGAACCUUCCGCUACCGACCAAUUUCCCGAAUUCGAAUAACUCCCUGCUGUGGCUGUCCGAAACGGCAAGGGAAAAGCAUGCGUGGACCUGGUGGUCGCCCUACGACGAAAGCGAACCACUGAUGUACCAGUAUUUUGCAGAAACCGAAACAACAGACUCGUCCCAAAAAGCCGCCGGAGAUGAACCGCGGUACCAGCG